UCUCUUGCAACUUGUUCUAGUGCUCAAAGUGGUCACAUGUUCUGCUUUACUGCUUAAGUCUUAGACUUCCCUCAACUUCCCGGAACGUGAAUUCCUGGCUAACUCUAUAUCCCUAUGCAUGAGUCAUAGAUAACAACAAAAUCUGUCAAAUUCCUAGUCUGGUUCUUGGAAUGUCAAAGGAGUGAACUUUGGCUGUGCCUACUGAAAAGACCUGUUAUAGGAUAGCAAGACUCUAUAAGGAGGUGAAAUAACUCUCAUUCCUCUUCAUCUAAGGGAAAGCCAUAACAGAAAUGAUACUCACUCGGGUUCUUGUUCUUGUCCUUUUGUUCUCAUUUUGUUUCUUCGUUCCUCCAGCUCAGAGAAAACUGCAUAGUUACACAAAGCAGAAACAUUUCCACCCAAAAUCUCGAAUUUCACUACCACCUGCGCCUGCACCUGAGGCUAUUAGCCCAAGUUACACGCUGAAUCCUGCUCCUAAUAGUCCUACUGUCUUUAAUGUACAAUCUUUUGGUGCCAUUGGGGAUGGUGUCACUGAUGACACAGAAGCAUUCAAGAUGGCUUGGGACACGGCCUGCCAAUCUGAAGAAACAGGAGUUCUUCUGGUUCCUAAGAGUUAUUCCUUCCUGAUACAAUCUACAAUAUUUACAGGGCCUUGUAAAUCAGGCAUCACAUUUCAGAUCGACGGGAUUAUUAUGCCACCGGGUGGGCCCGAUUCAUGGCCGAGAAAUUAUAGUAAGAAACAAUGGUUGGUUUUCUACAGAAUCAGUAGAAUGUCAUUGCAAGGGGAUGGUGUCAUAGAUGGUAGAGGAGAGAAAUGGUGGAAUCUUCCUUGCAAACCGCGCAAAGGAAGUAAAAGGACAACACUGCCAGCUCCUUGCGAUAGCCCAGUUGCCAUAAGAUUCUUCAUGAGCUCCGACUUGACUGUCCAAGGACUUAAAGUUAAGAACAGCCCCCAAUUUCAUUUCCGGUUCGAUGGUUGUCAAAACGUCCAUAUAGACUUGCUCAACAUAAAAGCCCCUGCUCUAAGUCCCAAUACUGAUGGGAUUCACAUCGAGAACACGAAUAACGUCAAAAUAUAUAAUUCCAUUAUAUCCAAUGGUGAUGACUGUGUUUCAAUUGGUGCUGGCUGUUUUAAUGUCGAUAUAAAGAACAUAACUUGCGGUCCAAGCCAUGGAAUAAGCAUAGGCAGUUUAGGGGUUCGAAAUUCCCGAGCUUGUGUUUCGAACAUCACAGUGAGUGACUCAAUCAUCAAGCAUUCAGACAAUGGUGUUCGGAUCAAAACAUGGCAGGGUGGAUCAGGCGCUGUAUCUGCAGUAACCUUCCAUAACAUAUACAUGGACACCGUCCGAAACCCAAUUAUCAUAGACCAAUACUACUGCCUCACCAAGAACUGCCCCAACCAAACCUCUGCAGUGUUUGUAUCAGAUAUUUGGUACACAAACAUCAAAGGUACAUAUGAUGUGAGAAGCCCCCCGAUGCAUUUUGCUUGCAGUGACUUCCUCCCUUGCACAAACCUCACACUUUCUGAAGUGGAACUACUUCCUGCUCAAGGAUAUAUUUUGUCAAACCCAGUUUGCUGGAAUGCUUAUGGGAUUAUGCAGACACUUAUUAUUCCACCAGUAAACUGCUUGUUAGAGGGAAUUCCACAGGUGAUGCCAGAGAGUGAUGUUGAUCGAUGUUAACCGGUUUGGAAUAGCUAAACUAUUAUGUAAAGUUUAGGUACAUGUCAUAUAGGCAAAGGAAAGUGCUAUGGAAAUUACAAGUGAAUUAAAAAAAAAAAUUACAAAAAAGAAAUUACAAGUGAAUUAAGAAUCUCCAUCUCUCUGUGUAACUUGGGAUACUGGUCAAGAACAGAAUGAUUUUGAAAUAUUAUGGCUUUGUGUGGA